AUGAAAAAAGAUGAUGAUGUUGCAAUUGUGGGAAUAGGAUGCAAUUUUCCAGGAGGGGAAGGAAUUGACAAUUUCUGGCAAGUUCUUGUGGAAGGCAAAAACUGCACAGUUGAGGUUUUACCAGAAAGGUUUAAUAUUGAAGAAUGGUAUGAUGCAGAUGAAGGCCAACCAGGAAAAAGCCAAACAAGAAGAGCUGCUUUCAUUGAAGGGUUGAAUGAAUUUGACAAUAAACUCUUUGGGAUCAGUGACUCGGAGGCUGAGCGGCUGGACCCUCAACAGAAGUUGCUGCUGGAAUGUACCUACAGAGCUCUGGAGAGUGCCGGGAUCCCUGCUGAGGAGCUGUCUGGCUCCAGGACUGGAGUCUUCAUUGGUAUUAUGAAUAAAGACUAUGAAUUUAUGUCACUUAGAAGUCCAAGGACUACAAACCAUUAUACUGCCACUGGAUCUGAAAUAAGCAUAGCUGCGAACAGGAUUUCUUAUGUGUUUGACCUAACUGGACCAUCUCUUGCCAUCAAUACUGCAUGCUCAUCUUCUCUUGUUGCGCUCUACUAUGCCUUCCUUGCGAUUAAACAAGGAGACUGUGAAACAGCUUUCUGUGGUGGAGUGAGCUGCAUGCUGGAUCCUGCAAUUAAUGUCAUGUUGAGUAAAGCCAAGAUGUUAUCUCCAGACGGGAUGAGCAAACCCUUUUCUAGAAGAGCUGAUGGAUAUGGACGUGGAGAAGGGUGUGGCAUUGUUCUGCUGAAACCUCUACAGAAGGUCAAUUUAAAGAGCAUUUGGGGUGAUUACUGGAGCAGCUGUUGAGUGCAGGGGAAGGAUGCUCUAAUCAGAGUCUUUCAAAGGCUAAUUUGGACUUUCUCUGCUCUCCAGGAACUUGCUGCUCCCUGUGCCAUUUAGG